CCCCCUCCCAAAAUAAUUCGUCACACGUAAACACUCCCUCCGCCUUCCCUCCUUCCCUCCCACCGCACAUCUUUUUCCACUCUUCAACAACAAAACAAACCCGCGUCAACUUCUCACCAACUCCCCGUUGCACGCAAUAUUCACACCUACCUCCUGUCAACUUCUCCUUUCCACCUCAACCUAGUCGCAUUCCCCCAAUCCCGAACCUCAACAUGUCUGGCGAUCGUGAAAGGUUUGUGCCGAGCUUCCUCGUCGAUGGGCCGCAACCCAUCGAUCAGACUCUUCCUCUGCGGGGGCUCUUCAGCGCAACAUCCUGACUGAUCCUUUCCCUACAGCAAGACCUUCCUCGCUCGCCUUUGCGAGCAGGCUGAGCGCUACGAUGAGAUGGUCGGCUACAUGAAGGAGGUUGCCAAGUUGGGCGGUGAGCUGAGCGUCGACGAGCGCAACCUCCUCAGCGUUGCCUACAAGAACGUCGUCGGUACUCGUCGUGCCUCGUGGCGCAUCAUCUCCUCCAUUGAGCAGAAGGAGGAGAGCAAGGGCUCCGACAAGCACGUCGGCACCAUCCGCGAGUACCGCACCAAGAUCGAGACCGAGCUCGAGCAGGUUUGCCAGGAUGUCCUCGACGUUCUCGACGACAGCCUCAUCCCCAACGCCCAGACCGGCGAGUCCAAGGUCUUUUACCACAAGAUGAAGGGUGACUACCACCGUUACCUUGCCGAGUUUGCCUCUGGUGAGAAGCGCAAGGGUGCUGCCACCGCCGCCCACGAGGCUUACAAGAGUGCCACCGACGUUGCUCAGACUGAGCUGACCCCCACCCACCCUAUCCGCCUCGGUCUGGCCCUUAACUUCUCCGUCUUCUACUAUGAGAUCCUGAACUCGCCCGACCGCGCCUGCCACCUUGCCAAGCAGGCUUUCGACGAUGCCAUUGCCGAGCUGGACUCUCUCUCCGAGGAGUCUUACCGCGACAGCACCCUCAUCAUGCAGCUCCUGCGUGACAACCUUACUCUCUGGACCUCUUCCGACAGCGGUGACGCUGAGGGUGCCGCUGCUGGCACCGCCGAGGCCUCUGAGGAGAAGAAGGACGAGGCCAAGCCCGAGGAGCCCAAGGCUACCGAGGAGACUCCUGCCGCCUCCUAAAUUCUGUCUUACCCUGAUACCAAUACAUCUCGGCUUGCGAUUGGACUGAGAUGGCUUGUCUGCUCGGCCGUCGGUAUGCGCUACGUGCGGACCUUCUGAUGACUGGAUCUGGCCGCCACGUUAGCGGCUGAUGAUAUCUGUGACUCGCGACAAGCGAGUCUCUUGGCGAAAGGGAGGGAUUCCGGGGGUUCUGGACGCUGAGAAAGGAAUAAUGCAUGGCAUAGUUCCUUUUGGUCCUCGGAUGUCCACCCCAGUCUGGAACAGCUUCGUUCCUUGGGCCGGGGAGGUAUUUGGAGGACCCUACUUGGCAGCUAACUACCAACCUUCCCCUUCUUCAUAUCCGUCCAUGCCCGGAAUCUUGUCCUCUUUUGUUCUCCUCGAUUCCUGCUUUUUACCCCUGUGCUGGAUGGUUUACGGCUGUCUCGUCUUCUUUUUUCGGUUUUCCUCAUAGUGGUCCUUCAGUUGUCGCGCGUCUUCUCACAGAGAGAGAAAGUCCUUCCCCCCCAAAUGCCCCUGUCUAUUCAGUCUACAAGACCAAAAGAAAAUAACAAACGUUCAUCAACAGUUUUGGACCAAC